AUGUGGUGGAGUCGGGUGGCACUGCGUCAUCUUCAUCGGGCUACUGCCAAGCCGUUGAUUCUCACAAGGGCUCCAGUCGGCUUCACACAGAGCAACAUGUCAACACUGCCACGGGUGUACGUCACACGCCAGAUCCCACCAGAGGGCCUGAGGAUCCUCCACGAAUCUGGACAAGUACAGUUUGAGCUGUGGGACUCUGAUGAUGUUCCAGUACCGAGGAAGGAGCUUCUCCAGAAGGUCAAAGGUGUUGAUGCCCUUCUUUGUGUACUGACUGAGAAGAUUGAUGCCGAACUGUUGGAUGCUGCAGGUCCCAACCUCAAGGUCCUCAGCACCAUGUCCGUGGGGUUUGACCACCUAUCCCUGGAGGAGCUGAAGAAAAGAGGAAUCCGUGUGGGUUACACGCCUGACGUUUUGACAGACGCUGUAGCUGAACUGACUGUAGCUCUGCUGUUGGCAACUUCCAGAAGGCUCAUUGAGGCAACACACGAAGCCAAGACUGGAGGUUGGGGGACUUGGAGAACUCUGUGGCUGUGUGGACAUGAACUAGCCAACAGCACAGUUGGUAUUUUAGGCUUGGGAAGGAUUGGUGUGGCUAUCGCUGAGCGCUUGGCUCCCUUUAAAGUGAAAAAGUUUAUCUACACAGACAUGGCCCCUCGGCCUGAAUUGGCAAGUGACAUCAAUGCAGAAUAUGUGUCUUUUGAUGAGCUUGCAAAGCAAUCAGAUUUCCUGUUAGCGUGUUGUGCGCUGACCCCUGAAACACAUAUGAUCUGCAACAAAAAUCUUUUCUCCAAGAUGAAAACAAACUCCAUCUUUAUCAACACAAGCAGAGGUGGCGUGGUUAAUCAAGAGGACCUGUAUGAGGCACUGGCCUCUAACCAAAUUGCAGGUGCAGGAUUAGACGUGACUGUACCUGAGCCUCUACCCACUGAUCAUCCAUUGUUUACCCUCAAAAACUGCGUGAUUCUGCCACACAUCGCCAGUGCCUCCUACAGCACCCGCAACGCCAUGUCCAGUCUAGCAGCAAACAACCUCCUGCUCGGCCUCCGCGAUAAACCAAUGAUAAAAGAGCUCAAACUGUAA